AUGGGAGAAUUAGUACAACUUGAAAUUGGCAGUAUUGUGGAAGGAUGGAAGAUUGAUGGGAAACUUGGGGAAGGCGCCUUCGGUGCUGUAUACGUUUGUUCCAAGAAUAACAAGAAAUAUGCACUCAAGGUAGAAAGUGUCCAUGAAAAAGUUGGCUUCUUGAAAAUGGAGUUAACAGUACUAAGUAAGUUGAAGGAGCAAGAUCGCCUGCGACAUUUCUGCACCAUUGAGGAUAAAGGCAGACACAAAGAUUUCUUCUAUAUUGUUAUGACUAUGGUUGGAAAAUCCCUCCAGGAAUUACGACUAGAAGCUCAAAAUAAAAAAUUUUCAUUGGGGACAGCGAUCAGUGUUGGCAUUAAAUGUUUGGAAGCAUUGGAAGAUUUGCAUAACAUCGGCUAUUUGCACCGCGAUGUCAAGCCCGGCAAUUUCGCCAUCGGUAGACCCGAAGUCAAUGAACUAAGGAAUGUAUAUGUCCUUGAUUUUGGUAUGGCUCGACUAUAUAUCCAUGAAGAUGGCACGAUGAGAAAUCCUCGCGCAUUAACUGGAUUUCGCGGUACCGUAAAGUAUGCUCCGUUAUCAGCUCAUAUAUUGCGUGAACUGUGUCGGAAGGAUGAUGUAGAAUCAUGGUUGUAUAUGGUGGUCGAGCUCACCAAUGGCAAGCUACCUUGGAGGAAUAUGACGGAAAUCAAUGCCAUCGGCGUAUCCAAAAAGCAAUGUCGCAGAGACAAAGGUGUAAAAAAGUUGUUCGGCGGUUGUCCGAGGAAAUACAUUGAGAUACUCCAAAUAUGCGACAAGACAAAAUUUUUCGACACACCGGAUUACGAUAAGAUUUAUAGUUUGAUGCGAAACGCUAUCCGAGAUACCAGGAGUCAGGAAUAUCCAUACGACUGGGAAAAAUCAAUUCCAAGCACGGAGAGCGAUGGAACAGGUCUUUUAAGCCAAUACAAAAGUACUGUUGUCGGUGUACCGCCACCGGUACAAUCUCCGCCGAGAAAAGAGGCGGUUGACAAAGCAGACAAAGAAACAAGCGUAGAACCAAAAGCUUCAUAA